AUGAAAAAAGUGUCUGUUAGUCCAAUUGGGAUAAUGAAACAACCAAAAUCAUUCAAUUUGGUAGCUACUACAGUUCAGCCACUAGAGGCCUCAACAAUGGGCCGCUUCGACAACACAGUAUCAUCCCAAGGCAACAAUGUUCUUGUUUUGUUUGUUAAUUUAUUCAAAACGGGGAUGAAAAGAGUGUCUGUUAGUCCAAUUGGGAUGAUGAAACAACCAAAAUCAUUCAAUUCGGUAGCUGCUUCAGUUCUAUCACUUGAGGCCUCAACAAUGGGCCGCUUCGACAACACAGUAUCAUCCAAAGAGGUUCUUGAGGUGUGGCGAAAUGCCAAAGCCGUAUGCUUUGAUAUGGACAACAUAGUCUGCCUAGAUGAGGGUGUUGAUGAACUAGCAUAA